AUGGAAUCCGAAACCAAUUCUCAAAGUACGGAGGAUACCGUACAUGAGAUUUUAAAGGAAGGUUCCACUUUUAGGAAUUGGGAUGAGGCAUCUGAUGCCGUAUAUAAUCACGCCAAAAUCUUGGGAUUCAAUUUAUGUAAAUCUAGAAAAAAGGAAUGUGGUGGGGAGUUACGUAAAAGGACAUUCAUUUGUGAACGUUCAGGGAAACCUCAAAAAAAUAAGGAGGAUAAAAAACCCGAUUCAAAAAAGAUUUUAUGUCCCUGGCAUGUAAAUUUAUCUUUACCAGAAAAAAAUAAUGUGGAAAAAUUAAUCAUCGUUACAAAGUUUGUGGAUCAUCAUAAUCAUGAAUUGCACCCUAAGGAUUUCACGGUGCAAGUCAUACAAGAUGUUGAAAUUUUAACUAAACAUUGUAAAGUUGGAGCAGUUAUACAACGAAAUUACUUACGUGCAAAAUAUCCAGGUCUUUUACUAUCUAAUCAAGAUUUAUCUAAUGUAAUCGGACGAUUUAAAACAUCUCGAGAAGUUCUUGACGUCAUCAAGUGUCAAAAUUCUUUACGGGAAGAAAUAUUUCUACAAGGUUGGCAAUGUUUAAUGAAGGAUUAUCCAGAAAUUGUUGAUUAUUUAACCAAUACAUUAUAUGAAAACAGAAAUUAUUGGGCAAAUGCUUUUGUCGUUGAAACUUUUACGGCAAAUCUGGAUUCCAUUUUUCAUGUUGAAGUGAUCAAUAGUGUAAUAAGUACGACAUUAGCGAACUUACAAAUUCCCAUAUUCGAUUUGAUUAAUCAUAUAAAUGAUCAACUUGAAGACCAUUGUAAGCAGAUAUAUGAAAAACAUGAUCAGGAAAUAAUCAGACAAGCAAUUUUUAAAACAAAUGAUAUUCGAACAAUGACUUUAUAUGAAUCGGUUAAUAUGCAGAUUGAAAGAUACUUGUCCGCUGUUUGUGUUAACUUACAACUUCAUGAAAUGGAACUUUCUCUCAAUUUUAUUGCCAAAAAGUAUGAUAUUGGUCUGAUCAAAAACAUUGAGAAAAUUUUUGUAACAAAGCGUUAUUUUGUGGUAAAUGAAUACUACCUACCACUUAGUAAAAUAUUUUCAAUGAUUAAUACAAAUGAAAUUCUUGAGACGUGGGCAGUUUAUGAUCAACAUGAUCAACAUGAUAGAAAUUUCAUUUUAUUGAUGAAUGAUGGAUAUCAUUGGUGCACUUGUUUAAAUGGUAUUCAUUAUGGAUUGGUUUGUAAACAUUAUUUCCGAGUUAUGACGUGCACUCCCAAGGCCAGGUUUCAAAUUACAAUGAUUUCAAAACGAUGGUAUAAGGAAAAUUGUGAAAAUGAUCCUAAUUUUGAACCGCCCUUAACCUACCACCUUUAG